AUGACGGACAAACCGCUGUCUCCACUCGGUACCGGCUCAAGCGACGACCUGCUCACUGUGCUGGAUGAGAUUCCUGGCUUGACGCCGGACGCAGCUGUAUCGAUGGACUCAGUCUCACCGGAUUCCUCCUACAUUGCCGAUGCGUUUGAAUUUGCAAAAGUACCCAACUUGUAUGAGCACGAGUCAGUAGAUGACCUACAGCCUGUAGUGCUAGAGAUGAAGAAGGUGCAACAGACUACUGAUCUCUCGUCUAUUGUCAUCGAACAACCUUUGCUACAACAAAAAGAGCAGCAGCAGAUUGCUCAACGAGGGAAAGAUGCUCGUACGAUGCCGUAUCCGAAAGCGAAGCCACCACGCCGUACACGUACUAAAGAGGAAAUCGACUACCUUCGUGCAAUGGUGGCAGAUAUGGAAAGGGAACUUGCAACCCUGAGUCGAUCAAGUCGUGACGGUAGGGAGAUGUUUCCACGUUGGAAACUAAUUGCUGAAAGACAAAAGGAAGAAGCGAGUAAAACUAUUGUUGAGAACCGGAAGCUUCGAGCCAUACUGAAGAGUCAAAUUGAGAUUGCUAAGCGUCGAGAGAGGAUCAUGAGGAUAAUUACUGACCAUCACCAACAUGUGGCGUCUCAAGCUUUGCCGUUGAGUUUCAUCAAGACGGAGUUUGAUUUUGAUAUUGGAAACAAUAACGACGCUAGACGUCCGCGCGCCCCAAGCGUAUCGGACGAGACGAUUUUUGCGGAAUUAAAUCGAGGCCUUGCGGUGCAGUACGCUCAAGUUGACGCGCGGUUUGAAGCAAGUGGGAUUGCCGAUCUAAACCGCGAACAGUUGGGCAAGAUCCAAUUGAAGCACGACAUGAACGGUAUUGCGUUUGGAAUGAAAGAAGUUCGUAUAAUGCCGUUCACAAUGCAGACAUCAGCGCGCGUCAUGUGGUCCUUCGUGAUGUACGAAAGUGGUAAGACCUGUGGCGUCCAGACUCGAGUCAUCAACAAUGACCAUCUGAACGCCACGAUCGUCAACGAGAUUCAAUUACCCAAGUCUCAGCAUACGAAAGUGACCUCGCGGAUUGCAGUGCGUCGAUAUUCUGAAGGCAGUCGCGUCGUAAUUGUCUGGAGUGGAUUCGUAGAGAUUGCUGGCUCAGUGUUCGUCCGUCUUCGUGAGCAAGGAUUCGUGACGAUAUCGCCAUUUGAUUUUACUGGGAGUGAGUCAUCGAGCUUAAGACCUGGCGGCUCCAUUGCGCGUAUCGUGGCCGAUAUUAAGCCAGAGGCUGUGGAAUUCAGCACUGAAGCAAACACGAUAGGAAAUUUCGAAUUAAUGAUUGAUCUCGUGAUCGAAGCGUACCGCUGCACGCUUGAAAAUUUCAGCCAAGCGAUGGAAAAUCUCUUACUUCAAGACCUUAUGGAUCCAUCAACGUAG